CACACCCUUGUUCUAGGUCUGUCUGUUUUGGUAGUUCACAAGCAAGUAUGACUGGCUAUGAAAGUAGUGGCUUUAACUCCUAAUCCUCGAGGCUCUUGUUUUGGUUUUCUCCCUCGCCGGGCUUCUUAUUAAUGAGCCCCAUCAUUAGCAAAGAUGGCGGCCGAGCGGCAUUGAAUACCUUCCCCAACCGCGUUUUCACUUCUUCGUGAACUGCGCAGACCUUUCUGGUGAAGUUACUCAACUCGUCCGCGGAGCGAAAUCGCCGGUUAGCUUGUUCGUGGCUAUCGCCGUAUUGUAAAAUGGCUCCAGUGCAGAUCGGCGCUGACGGGCAGUUGGUGCCGCUCGGGGGCCCGGUUGUCUCGGGCCCUCAGCCACCAGCACCCGGUACCCUGGCCACACAUGGAAUACGACUGAGCCUGCUUAUCGACUUCCUUCUGCAGAGAACCUACCAUGAAAUCACCCUACUGGCAGAGCUGCUUCCAAGGAAAACUGACAUGGAGAGGAAAAUCGAGAUUGUCCAGUUUGCCAGUCGUACCAGGCAGCUAUUUGUGCGCCUAUUAGCAUUGGUAAAGUGGGCAAGUAAUGCGGGGAAGGUGGAAAAAUGUGCUAUGAUUUCCAGCUUUUUGGAUCAGCAGACCAUCUUAUUUGUGGACACAGCAGACCGACUGGCGUCACUAGCUCGAGACGCCCUGGUGCACGCGCGCCUGCCCAGCUUCGCCAUCCCCUUCGCCAUCGAUGUCCUCACAACCGGUUCCUACCCACGCUUGCCCACCUGCAUACGAGACAAAAUCAUUCCGCCUGACCCCAUCACUAAAGUUGAGAAAGUGACAACCUUGAACCAGCUAAAUCAGAUCCUACGGCACCGCCUCGUCACCACAGACUUGCCCCCACAGUUGGCCAACCUCACAGUCGCUAACGGGCGUGUAAAGUUUCGAGUGGAGGGAGAAUUCGAAGCCACCCUCACUGUGAUGGGCGAUGACCCAGAUAUACCCUGGAGGCUCUUGAAGUUGGAGAUAUUGGUGGAGGACAAGGAAACUGGCGAUGGCCGAGCCUUGGUACAUAGUCUUCAAGUGAACUAUAUCCACGAGCUUGUGCAAGCACGCCUGUGUGCGGACGAGAAACCACUGCAAGACAUGUACAACUGCUUGCACUCCUUCUGUCUCUCGCUGCAGCUGGAGGUGCUCCACUCGCAAACCUUGAUGCUUAUUAGGGAGCGCUGGGGGGACCUGGUGCAGGAGGAGAGAUAUAUGCCCGCAAAACAUCUCACCCUCACUGUCUGGAACCAACAGGUGCUCGGUAGGAAAACAGGUACCGCCUCCGUGCAUAAAGUCACAAUUAAGAUUGACGAAUCAGAUGGAUCGAAGCCGCUGCAGAUCUCCCAUGACCCACCUUUACCCGCGUGCGACUCCAAAUUGAUGGAGAGAGCAAUGAAAAUUGACCAUUUGUCCGUGGAGAAGCUUCUGAUUGACAGCGUUCACGCACGUUCUCACCAAAAGUUGCUGGAAUUGAAAGCCAUUUUGAAGGGCAACAAUCCGACUGACAGCUCGUUCAUUGAAACGGCGCUACCCACUCUGGUCAUUCCGAUACUGGAGCCGUGCGGUCGCUCGGAGUGCCUGCAUAUCUUUGUGGAUUUGCAUUCCGGCAUGCUGCAGCCCAUGCUGUAUGGAUUAGAUCAAUCGAUGCUGGAUGACAUUGAGAAGACCAUCAACGACGACAUGAAGCGCAUCCUGUCCUGGCUCCAGCAACUCAAAUUCUGGCUAGGCGAGCAACGCUGCAGACAGUCCGUGAAGCAUCUUCCGACCGUGUGCACCGACGUCCUCCACCUCUCCAACACUGCUUCACACCCUGUGGGGAGCUUGAGCAAGCACAAGCUCUUCAUCAAGCUCACGCGUCUUCCGCAGUACUACAUUGUAGUGGAAAUGGUUGAUUUGCCCAGCAAUCCGACGGCGUUGCAGUACAAGUACUCCUUCCUGUUUGUGACUCAGCUGGAAGGCGACGACGGGCCCAUGUGCGCGCAGCUCCUACAGCAUUUCAAGCCCGAUCUCGAACAACUCGUCCAAGACGCCGCGUCGAUACGAGGGCACCGGCCUGCGUCAAAGAGAAAGAUGACAGGAGAGCAGGCAGAAACGGAGCCAAAGAAGCCCAAGCGGUCAGGGGAGAUGAGUGCCUUCAACAAAGAAUUGGCACACCUCGUGGCCAUGUGUGACACCAACAUGCCUUUUGUUGGCCUCAGAACUGAGCUGUCCAACAUGGAGAUUCCAAACCAGGGUGUCCAAGUGGAAGGAGACGGCAGCAGUCACGCCAUCCGGUUGCUCAAGAUCCCUCCUUGCAAAAGUGUCGGAGAAGAAACCAGAAGAGCUUUGGAGCGGUCCGUCCUGGACUGCACAUUCCGCCUGCAGGGCAGAAACAACCGGACAUGGGUGGCGGAGCUGGUGCUUGCCAACUGCCCGCUUAACAGCACUAAUAGCAAAGAGCAAGCCUCCACGCGGCACGUGUACCUCACCUAUGAGAACCCCUUGUCCGAGCCUGUCGGCGGACGCAAAGUGGUUGAAAUGUUCCUCAACGACUGGAGCGCCAUCAGUCAGCUGUAUCAAUGUGUGCUUCACUUCUCUCGAGCGCUGCCAGAGUUGCCCUCGUAUCUGGGCUUGUUCUCAGAGGUGCGGCUGUAUAACUUUCGCAAGCUGGUGCUCUGCUACGGCACCACCAAGGGAAGCUCCGUCACCAUCCAAUGGAACUCCAACAGCCAACGCUUCCACCUGUCCCUCGGCACGGUGGGACCCAACUCGGGCUGCUCAAACUGCCACAACAUCAUCCUCCACCAACUACAGGAGAUGUUCAACAAAAACCCAAAUGUCAUUCAGCUUUUACAGGUGCUUUACGACACCCAGGCCCCGCUGAACGCCAUCAACAAAUUACCAACCGUGCCUAUGUUGGGCCUUACCCAGCGCACGAACACGGCCUACCAGUGCUUCUCGAUCCUGCCCCAGUCGCCCACACACAUCCGACUAGCGUUUCGUAACACGUACUGCAUCGACAUCUAUUGCCGGAGCCGCGGCGUGGUGGCCAUCCGGGACGGCGCGUACAGUCUCUUCGACAACACCAAGAUUGUGGAGGGUUUUCAACCGGCCCCUGGACUCAAGACGUUCUUGAGCAUGUUUGUAGACAACAACCAGGACGCACGCAGGCGCUCGGUCAACGAAGACGACAACCCCCCGUCCCCGGUUGGCGUGGACAUGAUGGACACCCUGAUGAGCCAGCUGCAGGCACAGCCGCAAACCAUGAGGGCCGCCGGCAGCGGCGUAUACCCGCCGCUUACUUCGCCUCCGCCGAACUACCACGCAAACGUCACGCCUUCGCCUUCUAUGAUGCCCACGCAGUCGCCAGGGAACAUCCAUGCCUCUGGCUCCCCUAGUGGAGCGUUGAGGGCUCCCUCUCCUUUCGGCCCCACCCCGUCUCCAUCUUCUCUGGGCAUAGCCAUGGGUCAGACAAGCUUUGCCAGCCCCCACGGUGCUCUGGACCCCAGCUCUCCCUACGCUAUGGUGUCCCCGAGCCACAGGGGACAGUGGCCGGGCUCUCCCCAGGUCUCAGGUCCUUCUCCCGGGGCGAGGAUCCACGGCAUGUCGCCUGGGAAUCCGUCACUGCACUCGCCCAUUCCCGACCCCCAUUCUCCGCGUGCCGGAACUGGUUCCCAAAUCAUGCCCACCAGUAUGCCUCCACCCCGCAAGCUACCUCAGCGCUCUUGGGCCGCCUCCAUCCCCACCAUCCUCACCCACAACGCCCUGCACGUACUCCUGCUGCCUUCGCCCACCCCGUGCCAGGUGCCGGGCCUGGCGGGCAGUUACCUCUGCUCGCCAUUAGAGCGCUUCCUAGGUUCGGUCAUCAUGAGGCGGCACUUGCAACGAAUCAUCCAGCAAGAAGCCAACCUAUCCGUGGUGAACUCCAACGAACCCGGCGUGAUCAUGUUCAAGACGGACGUGCUCAAGUGCCGUGUGGCUCUGAACCCAAAGAACUACCAGACGCUGCAGCUCAAGGUCACACCGGAGAAUGCGGGUCCCUGGUCCCAGGAGGAACUUCAGGUGCUGGAGAGGUUCUUUGAAACGCGGGUCGCCGGCCCCCCGUUCAAGUACAACACUUUAAAUGCCUUCACAAAGCUUCUGGGGGCGCCUACGCACAUACUCAGGGACUGUGUGCGCAUCAUGAAGCUUGAACUGUUCCCAGAUCAAGCUGGCCAACUGAAGUGGAACGUCCAGUUCUGCCUCACCAUACCUCCCAGCGCUCCCCCCAUCGCCCCCCCUGGAACCAUCGCCGUGGUGCUCAAGUCUAAGAUGCUCUUCUUUUUGCAGCUGACGCAGCGAGUGCCCGCGCCGCAGGACCCGUUAAGCAUCAUCGUCCCCAUCGUGUAUGACAUGGCAACGGGCCUCACCCAGCAGGCCGACAUUCCCAGGCAGCACAGCUCUUCUGGGGCGGCGGCACUCAUGGUCUCCAACAUCCUGAAGAGGUUCAACGAGAUGCACCCCGCCAGACCGGGGGAGUGCACCAUAUUUGCAUCUGUUCACGAGCUCAUGGCCAACCUCACUCUGCCCCCGGGUACCCGACAUUGAACGACCGUGAACAAGCAGCUUAUAACACCCGGACAAAGCACCUGUUCUGUUACCCUCGCGAAGACGAAGGCUGUGUCACGCGUCCGCUUUAAAGUUUUGUUUUUCUCUCGUUACCGGCUAAAGAUGAGGUAUAUUUUGGAUAUCAGUCCUAUUUUUCCCUGGAUGGGGCACUUGUAAACAGAAUAUUAUCUAUUGAAAUGAAGAUUGUUGGCAAACUAUGUACAUUGUUGUAAAUUUCGGUGUUAGUUCUUCCUUUUGGUCACGACAUUCUGAGCUAGAAUCAUUGGAUUUCUUUGUCUUUGGUUAAGUAUUCUUUAUUUCGCAAUCGUGACAUGCUAUAAAUUGACUGUAUUUGAUUAUGUUUGAAAAGAUACAUUCAAGCUUUGCUUUUUAAAAGCGGACUACUGUCUUCCACUGCUAGAGCCUGAUAGUUUUUUUCCCAGGGCAUUCUGAUCUGGAAUUCUGCAUUUCACAAUUGUAACAAUAUAAAUCCGCUGUAUUUGAUAAAAAUGGAAGGAUUCAUUGUCAUUUUUCGAUUUAAAAGCAGACUGCACAUUUCACAUAAAAUGUUUUCUGUAUACCAAAUAUACAUCUGGCUCGAAUAAUGGACUUACCAGUUUUAGAGGAUUAUCAUUCUGUUGUUUAAUUGUUUAGGAAAACAAAGCAUGUUGACAUUUGGACAUAAAAAAUCAUAUGGGUUAUGGAUGAUGAAAUCACGGUUCAAAAUGAUUAUGAAUCUUAGGGGCAGUUUA